AUGACAAGUCCCCGUAGGAAGCGUGAGCGCAUUUGUCCCUGGUGUUCUCAGUCUUUUUCGAAAGAGGAUCACCUGGUUAGGCAUGUCCGACGCCAUACCCGUGAAAAGCCUUUCUCGUGUGCCACCUGCACAAAGUCUUUUACUCGAUAUGAUUCCCUGCUCCGUCAUGCGAGGUCUCAUGGCGUCAGCCCGCAGGUAGAAAGCCAGAAAGCGGCCAAUGCAGCAGGUGAACCUAUUCAAAACGAGACGCUUCAAAUUCAUGAACUCUCGCCAGAGUCGAUGGAAAACUCAGCACAAGAUUCCCUUUCACACGCAAAUCCUCUAUUAGCUGCCCGGUCGACCAGAGACCUGGUAGUCAGCUCGUCAUGCCAAGAGGACCCCCUGCCGGUGGGUUUUUAUGACUGGCCGGUAGACUGGGCCUCACAGCCGUCAGCAUGGCUGGCAGAUGCUGACUUCGAUUUGAGCGCGUUCAAUGCAUCUGUCAUCACUUCUUCUAUGCCAUUCAAUGAUCAAACCCCCGCCCCACUCAUGGAACCCCCUGCCUUAGUCCCGCUCCCCGUGAGUGGCGCCCCUACAGCCAUACCUGAACGACUUGAAGACACGGUUCGCCGGCGAUGGUUUACCUUCGUUGAUGGCAUUGGUACCGGCUACGACACACCCGGUGGCAGACCUGACAGUAUCCACAUUGACGAUGCUGAUCGGGAUAACUUGGCACAACGUCUGCAGCAGCGCAUCACUGGAGCGCCGUUGCCGUCAACGGACUUCUUGUUAAUCUUCUGGCAACCUCCUCAUGCUACCCUUGACGAAUUGGAUAAGUGGGAAACACAUAUAGUUCGAGAGAAAUCUGAAGCCCUGUCUAUGGUUCAAGCGGCUUUAAUCGGACAGACCUUUGGGAUGUUAUCAGGGACAUUCCAUGGAACGGUGAUCACUUGGGCGAAAAGAAAGAAUUUCUUCUCCAGUCAUCGCGCAAUUGACCUUAUCAAUAUAGAAGAUAUUGAGCGCGCACCUGAGUGGGCAUGGAGAGUAUGGUCUCAGGCGGAAGAAGAGAUCCGGCUCUGGGCCGCGAUUUCCAUCCUGGACGCUGAACUGUCCGAACUAUUACUCAGUGAGCCUCUUCUGCGACACCUUUCGCCGUCCGAUCUAGUAUCCGAGGACGAUCUUUGGACGGCUCCAACUGCGCAGGCCUGGGGUAAUGCUGUGCGACGUCGAGCUAAACAACCCGGGAUACAUAUUAACCUCUCCUCACCUCCCAGUCAAGCGAUAGGAUUUCGCUCGUAUGUUCAGCUAGAAGGAGUCACCUCAGCCAUUAGGGAUGCUACGGACUCUCUAGAGAAUGGCAGGAGAGAUUUGCUCCUAGUGAAAUACCAACCAGUUCUGAUGAGCUUCUACGACCGCUAUCUUCAUCCUUUCCAGCAGCUCUCGUUUCCGCAAGGGGAUAAAGAUAAAUACUGUCAGCAGGCUCUUUGGCAUGCCAACUUCCUUAGCCUCCUAGCUGAUCUGGACCGCUUAGAGCAAGCGCUUGGGCGUGAAGGCUUUGAUGAAGCUCAGCGCAAUACAAGCUAUGUCCGGGCGUGGGCAAACUCAUCUGACGGCCUGCGCUGUGCCAUCCAUGCUGUUUUGAUUCUCCGUCUGUUAGAGACGCUGCCAGCUGGGGGAACCGAGCCGGCAAUCCAUGUCCCCCGAGUGCUUUUCCGGGCAUUUUUUUAUGAUCCUUGUGUCGCGGUUCGAAUCAAUCCUGGUGAGUAUGAAUAUACAGUUUCGAGAUCUCUUCUCUGCAGAGAUUCCGAGGCUUUCUCAGCCAUGUUUACAGAUGAGUUCAAAGAGAGACAAGAGCAGGCAGCAUCCUCGUAG